AUGACUUACAUGGCUGACUACUGGAAAUCCCAGCCACGGAAAUUCUGUGAAUUCUGUAAAUGUUGGUUAACAGAUAAUAAACCAAGUAUUGAAUUUCAUGAGAAAGGAAAACGACAUCAGGAAAAUGUCAAAAAGAAAAUUGAAACAAUUAAGAAAAAAAGUUUGGCAGAUGCCCAGAAAAAGAGCGAAAUGGAAAGUGACAUGGAACAGCUGAAUAAGGCUGCUCUUGAAGCUUUCAAAAAAGAUUUAAUGAAUGAUCCUUCUUUAGCUGCACAAUAUGGUAUCUCUUUAACAAAGAAAAAAGAAAGUUCUGAAAGUAAGGUAUCUGAAAAGAAAGUAUCUGAACAAGUCAGUAUAAAGAAGGAACCUGCAGAAGAUGUAAAACCACAGAUAAAAACCGAGAAAAGUCUAACAGAAUCUACUUGCAAGUUUAGCAGUUCAGAAGUGAAGCCUCCAAAAACAGAGACAGAUUGGUAUGAAGCAGUAUCAGAUGAAGGAUACCAUUACUUCUGGAACAUCAAAACUAAUGAAUCUGUGUGGGAGGCACCAACAAAUUAUGUCAGUUUAGAAGAACAAGACCAGUGUAACAGUGCUGACUUAGGCUCUAAUGACCAAAAAGAAAAAACUGAAAUAAAGGAAGAGUCAGAUGUGAAAGUAAAAUUAGAACCAGAAGAUAUAAAGAAAGAAGAUUCAGAAGCCAACACUGUGAUUGAAGGACCUUUGCCUCGAAAUUCAAAUACUGACAAUCGAACAUGGGCAGAGACAUGUACUUCGAGGAAAGCUUAUGGAGACUGGGUCACUUAUGAAGAAGAGGCUCCAGUUGAUUAUGAAUUACCUGACGUUCCAACCAAUGAUAUUCCAUUACCAGAGUUUCCUGAGGAAGAAUCAGUCAAAGUUAAAUUCAAGGAAAAACGUGUAACCAGCCUGUCACGUAGUGGCGAUGUAACAGCAGUAGCAUUCAAGAAGCGUAAAGUCACAAAAGGAGCCCGAAAUGUGCGCAGUCGAGAUGACUCUGAUGAAUGA